AGGUUGGUAGUUUGUUCGAGCCACUUCACCCAGGAUUGUUUCUCCAACCUCGGACAGCAUCAAGCCGGAUAUGCACAGCGACUAAAACUAAACCCAGGAGCUGUACCAACGAUUCUCUCACCACAACCGACAUCAAUGCCCAUUCACGGCCCAUGUCACGGUGAGGCUUGUAUGUCAUCAUAGAUAUUUGGAUCAGAGACUCCUACUGUGUACAAGCCACCACUGACUCAAAAUGAACUGGCUGUGUUGCUCUUCAACAGCAUUCUUGUGUGCAGUUUCCCUUGUUUGUCAAAGGGUGUCCGGCAUAGAUAUGGAGCUCCGUGUCAGACCCGGAGACAACAUCAUCUUGUACUGUGAUCGCGUCAUGAAAACUGGAUCAAACAUUGUGUGGUUCCGAGGCAGAUGUGUGCAGGCAGGUGUGGUUUCUGCCGAUGCACAGAUAUGUACUAAUAUUUCAGCUAUGGAGGCAUACAGAAACCAAGUUUUCAACAUGUCCACAACGAGUCACUUAACUCCCGUGUGGAAUAAUGUGAAUCAAUCUUACGAUCUGAAGAUCAACACGGUGAGAGAAUCAGACCGUGGGCUUUACUACUGUGCCAGUGAGGACAAAGUGAGGACACUUCAAAGUCAGGCCAUAACAGAGAAGAAGAUCUACAACUUCAGCAAAGAUGCCACUUGGGUCUCUGUCACAGGCCACUAUGUGACACAGGAUGCUGUUCCCACUACCUCUACUCCUUUUCCCUGGGCGUGUGGUCAGUGCUGGGUGGUGUUGGCCAGUCUGUGUCUUGCAUGUGCACUGCUGUCUGCUGUCAUCUUGUCGGGCUGCGUGUACUGCCUCUGCAGCAAAACUCACAAAGGAAUAACUGUGUCUGCACUCCCACAGAGCAGAACUGAUAUGCAAGUUAACAGAAACCGGAGACAGAUUGAGGAUGGGGACCUGUGUUAUGCUUCACUGGAUCUUCCUACUGUGACAAAUAAGCAUAGACAGAAUAAGGGAACUCGUAACUCUGAUUUCACCACUUACACCCAGGUCAGAUUUAAUAGACAGUAGGCCUGUCCUGGACAGUGAACGGCCCCCUCUGUGGUCAGUAAACUGCCCUCGCUAUGAUUUGUUUGAGGUUUGUGGCUUCAUUUAAAAUAUCAAGUGAUGCAUUAGAAUGCUAUCUCCUGUGCUAUUUUAGAAACAAAUAGAAUUCUAAUGGUUGUUUGCUGUUUUUGGUUAUAUUGUUCUUCUUAACGCAGUAACAUGUGAAUAAAUGUUGUCAGUGUUUUUUGCUCUCUCUCAAUAAUCAAAUUCAGUUAUUCGUUCAGUCAUCAGAUACAAGAAAGCAUUUUAUUUAUAUUGCACAUUUUUAUAGCACUUCAUUUCUCACAAAUUUCUCAUUUCAUGUGCUGAUCCACACGGUAAACACAUGCAAAACAACCGCUGAAGUGUGUGACAAGAAACUAGUCAAACCAAAUAAACAGCCUUACAAUGGGAGACCAAAUUCAUCCUAUGAGGGGACUGGGGAACACAUGGGCAGAAAUUAAGAUGGAAGUGUGCCUAUAGUCUCCACAAAACUUUCCUGAAGUACGCAUGACGGAACGACAGGCAAACAUUGCUGCUGCUGGUUCUGCCAGUUAGGUAGCCUGAGCGUUGGUAAGAGAAAAUAGCUUGUCGUUGUCAUUAUUAUUGAGUAGGUUUUCGUUGUCAGCCACAAUGGUGAAUUCUUGCGCUUGUUUUGGAUGCAACAACUCCAACUUGUCUGGCCAUCGGGUCCACCGAUUCCCAGACAAGAAACACAAAGAUUUCCGUGCUUGGGUACGUUUCGUCCAAGCAAAGAGACGCGAUUUCACUGCCUCCUCCGUGACGAAAAACACCGUGUUAUGUGAAAAACACUUCACACUGGACAGCUACAACAAAGGAGAUGUUAUGGAACACCGCAUGGGAUUUCGAGAGACGGUUAGGCUGGCAAGCGGGGCUGUACCAUCGGUGCAUGCAAGUCAACUGGAAAAAUCUGGUGGGAGUGAAGAGUCUGUUAACGUUAGCACUAGCAGUGCUAAUAGAGAAAAUGCGCGCCGAAAACGGGAGCUUUACAUACUCUUACAGGCUACAGACUCCAAGGUGUCAGAAAUCUGCAUCAUCCGAGGUUGCAACAGAACUGAACAACUCCUGCGUUUCCCUAAAGACCCAUCAGUUCUGCAGCAAUGGAUGGCUCUCCUCGACGGCAGACUGAAGCAUCCAGUGAAUUCCUCAAGCACAAUGUGCUGCACCCACUUCCCUCCUGACUGCUUCACCAACUGGCAGCAGAAACAGGCUGGUGUGGCUGCCAGCUUAACGCUCAAGCCUGAUGCUCUGCCAUCACUCUUCAUCACAUCUAUGGAUGAUUGCAGCAAGGAAUGGGUGCAGGGGUAUUCACCACGGACACGGAACGGGGACCACCAGUGUGAUAUUAAGCAGAGAUCAGUUGGAACGCAGUUGUCCAAAGGGUCUCUUGUCUAUGUACGCAGCAAAGCCACUCAGACUCCUGCUGUGACACACGUCUCCCUUGGCGAUGAUAUGGACUUCCUGUUGCACCCUCCAAGAAAUAUCAGUUUGAAAGAAUCGGGAAAUCUAAAAAGAAGAUCUUCCUACGUGCUGGAGAUGCAACCAUACACUGUGUCCACGGUUCGGAAAGGCCUGAUGGCGGAUGUCGUUGUGAACGUUGCUAGCCUGUUAAAGCUGUUCCAGAAGUGUCUCAAAUGCUGCAGUGAUGCCUGCACUGUCUCUACGGAAACCAAGGGACUACUCUUCCACGUGGUGCAGCAGUGCUGGAGCUGUGGGAACAGCACGGACUGGGCGAGCCGUCCCACAGACCAGCCAGCUGACCAGCCACCUUCAGACCACACACCCCCUGACCAGCAGCUCCCAGACCCAGACACUUUAGAGGUGGUGAAGCCAGUGGGGAGGGCAGUCAAGGACACAUGCAUGGAGGAGGAGAUUACCGGGGAGGAGAUGGUGCAGGGAGAAGAGGAGGACGAAGAAGAAGAAGAGGACGAGGAGGAGGAGGAGGAGGAAGAAGAAGAGGAAGAGGAGGAGGAAGAGGAAGAGGAAAAAGCAAAAAAAAGAAAGAGGAAGAGAAGUGACAGUGAUGAAGAUUGGACUCCGGAUUUGAGAGAGGUCUUGGAGGUGUCAGAUGAGGAGUCUGAAGGCGAUGAUGAAGGAGAGGAGCAUGUUCUUCAGAUUGAAUGGUGCUGUGACUGCGGGGAAGAGGCCAGUGCCCGCUGCGACAAGCAGAAACACCUACAGCUCUACUGCUGCGUGAAGUGCGGCUACAAGGACGGUUACCAGGAGCUGGUCAGCACAGACGGCCAACAAACCCAAGAAGCCAUCAGCCCAGAGUCCCCUACUGCUGCAGACCAAGAGGGCUCUUGUGAAGUUAGCCAAGCUGCUGAACACUCAUGCAGCCCAGACGCCAACAGCAAUAACAAACAAACUGCUUCCAGUGAUCCUCUUGAAGAUUCAAACCGUAUUAGUAGUGAAGGGGUCUUCGCUUCUGCCAGCCAGCAUACCAUCCCCAGUGGCAUCCAGGAGGCAACCAGCAAUGGAGUUAAUGAGUUAGGCAGCAGCUGUAGCAUUAGAGAACAGGGUUCCCUGGACAGCGGUGACCAAGGAACUAGAAAUGAAAGACCAGAAGACACCAGCAGUAGAGAUCAGGGUGGUAACUCUGCAUCUGAAGUCGAGUCGUCCAACAGUUGCCAUCAAGAAACUAGUGCAGCAAAUGAGGAGAGACGGAACCCUCCAAAAUAUGCCGUCUACUUCAACGAUCCAUACAGCCUGCAGAUCCAUCUGGACGAGUUACAUGGUGGUAAGCGUGAGCUUUGUCCAGACUGUGGCAGAUUCCUCUUCAAGCGCGACGGCCGGACUACACACGUCUGUGAUCACAAAGUCAAGCCGUUCUCGUGUCUGGUUUGUGGGAAGCGCUGCAUCAAUGAAUUAGGCCUCCAUCUGCACAGUCAGAAGCACACUGAAGGCUUUCGUGGACUUUCCUGCCUUUACUGCUACAAGAAGUUCAGGAUCCUGGAAGACAAGCAGGAGCACGAGAAGACCCACAAUGGGGAGAGCCUGAAGUACCGCUGCUCUGAGUGCCCCAAACGGUUUGAGGAUCGCUUUCUUCGUGGUGCUCACAGGAAGACUCACUGGAAACAUGGCAGAUACUUCUGCAAUAUUUGUGACAAGGGCUUCAACGAGGCCUUUAGACUCAAGAGACAUAAAGUGGUCCACACGGGACUGAGGCCCUACAGCUGUGAGCUGUGUGACUUGUCCUUUAACCAGGCAGGACAUCUCAAGUCCCACAUGCGCCUCCACACAGGGGAGAGACCCUUCAAGUGUCAGGACUGUGGGCAGUGCUUCAACCACAACGUCAGCCUGAAGAACCACAUCCAGCGCAAACAUGGACCAGGAGUUGAGGGGGUGGGGGAGGGAGAGGGAGAGGGAGAAGGUUAGGGAUGACUGGACCAGAAAAACUGGGUGUGAUGAAAAGAAUAGGUGCCCUGUAGGGCAACAGAGAAAAACAAAUGGUUAGAAUUUGGUCGUUAUAUCUUUAUGAUUGUUCCUUCCAUUUCAGUUCAAUGAAAUUAAUACAUUUUUGUUUUUUUCCUUCAUCCUGGUUGGAUUUGAAUAGGUGAAAGUAGUGACUGUUUGAACGGUAUUUGAUGCAUAUUAUUUUAUUGUUCUUGUUGGGACAUUUGUUCUGAGCUGCAUCCUGCAAUUCAACAAAACAUACAUACAUAAAAACAGCAACCUCUUGCAUACAGUAAACCCACAGUUAAGAAUACAGAUAUCACCGAUGGCCGCCCAUAUACACACACUGUUACUGAUCAUUUUGACCCUUUGCAUAGUGCCACGUGACUAACAUAAACAUCACUACUGUUAAAAAUGCCCUCAUAUGCAGAAAU